GUUCCAUGUGAUAAGGCCGGCUAAUACUGCGAUGCAUAGCCAGCCGCUUUCGGGCCGCGCGGUGGACGUCUGGGGCGCCCGUUCUGGGCCUGAAUGAGUCGUACAUUCUCAAUGCAGAAGCAUGCGGAGUUUCUCGGAGGUGGCCUUGUUGCGAUUCCCCUGCCCACCUGGCUAUGUUUAUACACAUUUAGCAGAACUUCCCUCAAAGAGAACUUCGCCGACCAGGAUCCACCCCUACCUCACCAUGGGAAGACAGUAAACGCAAUGCGCCAAUAUGAGGAGAGCUGAGCCGGCAUUAGAUAGUAAACGUUGAUUGAUCCCGAAUCUUGCAGCCACAGGCUAUCUGUGCACUGACUCGCCCGAAGUUUCAUCCUUUAGAGCGCAGCGC